CAAACACCAUGCACCAACGAAUUAGGUGACUCAAGAAAAAGGCAAGUUAGAGACAACUCAAAAGAGGAAAGAGCCAAAAUAAAAAAAUAAAAAUGGCACAAGAAGAAAUGAGAAAAGGUCCAUGGACAGAACAAGAAGAUCUUCAGCUGGCAUUCUAUGUGAACCUUUUUGGAGAUCGACGAUGGGAUUUCUUGGCCAAAGUUUCAGGUUUGAGAAGAACAGGAAAGAGUUGCAGGUUACGUUGGGUAAAUUACUUGCAUCCUGGUCUCAAACGAGGAAAGAUGACUACUCAAGAAGAACGCCUUAUUCUUGAACUCCACUCCAAAUGGGGAAAUAGAUGGUCAAGAAUUGCAAUGAAAUUACCGGGGAGAACAGACAACGAAAUCAAGAAUUACUGGAGGACCCACAUGAGGAAGAAGGCUCAAGAUGAGAGGAAACAUAAGGCUUCUAUUUCUCCAUCUUCAUCCUUUUCCAACUCUUCAUCUUUUUCUUCUAAUAGUCCUGAUGUGGACUUCAUGCCCAUUACUGAAAACAACGAAAGGAACUUCUACGAUACAGGUGGACUUGAGAAAAAGAAUGAUGGUGACAACAAUGAGAAAGGGAAAAGUACAAUGAAGGUGUACCCCAUGGAUGAAAUCUGGAAAGAUAUUGAAUUAUCACAAGAAAGUGAAACAAUAAUGAAUAUUGAACCAAUUAUGCCAUCACCUAUAUGGAAUUAUUGCCCAAACACACUAUGGAUGACUGAUGAAGAAGAAACUAAGAUGUUUCCUCAGUUUUAUUGCUUGGACAACCAGGAUAACACAUUUUUAGCUGGCUAGCAAAGGGUUACUAUUUUUUGGAGGAUAUACGUUAUAUACACCUAUAAUAUAGUGAAUUUUUAUGUUAAUCAGUUUGAUUUAACCAACUAUAAUAGGUAAUUACUUUAUACUUGAUGCUAUCAUAUCAAACUUGAUAGUUGAUAUGAAGUUUUACCUGUUAUAGGUUUAAUUAACCUGAUAGCGUAAAAAAUCUAUAUACUAUCGAUGAAUUAUAACUUUAAUCCUCGUAAGGUAAUUUGUAGGGUUUAUGGGUAAAGGUUUAGCUCUGACUUUGUGAAUAGCAAUGGUAAAAAUCCCUAAAUAAGAAGGCAGUCUAUAUGUUAAGACAUGCUGUGUUUAUUGGAAGUCACAUAUUGUAUUAUCUGAUUAUUAGUUUAUAAUUAGAGUCUAUAUAUAAGUCUAUAUCUGUUUGACUAUUCUUCACCAUGUAAGAUACAACUAUUAAUAAAAUGUUUGUAGCUUUCUUUUAUGAGAGUAGCAACCUUUCUUGAA